AUGUCCGGCCCUGCGUCGCGUCUGCGGAGUUUAACCGCGCAGCUUCUCCACACCCCCCCAGAGCGCCAGCAGAAUCUGAAUAGGCAUACCCUUUCUCCAACGUUCUUCCUCCCUCGCGCUGCGGCGAUCGAACCUGAUGCCGAGGCAAUCUACCAUGUUACUGCGAAUAAUAAGGUCUUGAGGAGGUCAUACAUUGAGACUGCAGACCGGGCAAGGGGGUUAGCGUAUUAUAUCAAAAAGCAUGAAUAUAAAAGAGUGGGCAUUUUGUGUCCGAACACACCGGCGUUCCUGGAAUCGAUCUAUGCGAUCGCGGCAGCGGGGGCAGUGAAUGUAGCUGUGAACUACAGACUGAAGCCGGAAGAUAUCACGUAUAUCUUCACGCACUCCGAAGUUGAUUUCAUCAUCGUGGAUGAAGAGUAUCUACACCUGCUGGACGGGUUUCGAGAGGGUCGACCAGGCUUCCCUGUGAUUGUUGAUACUGACACCGAUGCGACUGAGGGCGAGCUUAGCGGGCCCUUUGAUGCGGCGAUUCUAGAAGGCCUUAAGCAUGACACGGAAGCAGGGGGCCAUGGGUGGAAUGGCCUAGAAACACAUGCUGAAGAUGAAGAGUCGCUAAUCGCGUUGGCAUACACGAGUGGGACAACCGCGAGGCCAAAAGGCGUGGAGUAUAUUCAUCGCGGGUGCUACUUGGCGGCGGUUGCGAAUGUUAUCGAGUCUGGAUUGAACUACCACCAGGGCCGGUGCCGGUAUCUCUGGACGCUUCCAAUGUUUCAUGCCAUGGGUUGGACCUUUCCUUGGGCUAUUACGGCCGUCCGAGGGACUCAUUACUGCCUCAGGAAGAUUGACUAUCCGCAAAUCUGGCGACUGUUGAAAGAAGAGAAAAUCACUCAUUUCAAUGCUGCCCCUACUGUGAAUACAGUCCUCUGCAGUUCGAAAGAAGCCGAGAGGCUUCCGUCACCCGUGCGAGUUACCGUGGCGGCGAGCCCACCCACACCUCAUCUUUUCGAACAGAUGAUGGGUUUAAAUCUUCAUCCAGUCCAUGUGUAUGGAAUGACUGAAACCUACGGGCCCAUCACCAAGGGCUACCAUAUGCCAGAAUGGGAUGCCUUACCGGUGAAGGAGAAAUAUGAACGGAUGGCUCGACAAGGCCACGGCUUCGUCACCAGUCUCCCCGUGAGGGUUAUAAAGACUGAGGUCCCGGAAGGCACUGUGAUCGACGUGGAGCGCAACGGCAAAGAGAUUGGUGAGAUCGUUUUUACGGGCAAUAUUUGUGCUAGAGGAUACUACAAGGAUCCGGAGGCAACGAGCAAACUCUUUGCGGGCGGAGUUCUCCAUUCCGGGGAUUUAGCGGUCUGCCACCCAGAUGGUUCAAUAAAAAUUCUGGAUAGGGCGAAAGAUAUCAUCAUUAGCGGAGGCGAGAAUAUUUCCUCUGUAGCCCUGGAGGCUAUGCUGGCCACCCAUCCGGAUAUCCUCGAAGUAGGGGUCGUCGCAGUUGCGGAUUCGCACUGGGGAGAGCGGCCUAAGGCUUUUAUCACCGUGCAGCCUGGCAGGACAUUGCGGGGAGAAGAUGUGAUAGAGUGGGCGAAGCAUACCAGCGGAAUCAGUCGGUUCAUGGUCCCAAGAGAAGUCGAGGUUCUCUCUGAGCUUCCCAAGACGAGCACAGGAAAGGUCAAGAAGAAUGUGCUCCGGGAAUGGGCCAAGGGCGCGGAUCGUAACCUCGUGAAAUAG